UGAAUAUAGCUUUCAUUGCUUUAAAAGGUGGGGUAUCUACGCGUGACCUUGUUGGGAUCAGAUUCCGGGCACGUCUCUAACGAGUAUGUAGAAUACUACUCAGCGCUCAGUAUUUGAAUAAGGACAGGUAAAUAAUGUUUGUUGAAGUAUAAUAAAGUUUGAGUUUACAGCACAGUUUGUUCAGACUAUGUCUGGAAGCAUGUGUUAAUCACCAAAAUGCUUAUCUAUGCUUUUUGCUGAAGAAUACGAAGAAUAAGACCUAGUAGUUGAGAUGCCAGAUCAGUCAUGGAUACCACUUCAGCUGGGACAUACAUGCGACGCAAGAAAAUGGAGUGGUUUGAUGCGUGUGAUGUGUGUUUGACGAAGCCAUUACCUUAUAUGUAUGCAGGGAUUAUUUUAAUAGUGAAAACUUUGAUAGAAGAAACAAUUGCUCUCUUGUCUGACUGCAAGACAACUCGGAUAUGCUGGUAUGAAGCGUUAGAUUGGGAUAAAAAGACUGUUCUUGGAUUUUCUUUAUGGGGCAUGUGUGAGCUGAACACCAACGUAUCUCAGGAAAGUACUUGUCAGCGCCUAGAAGCAUUCAAACGGCUGCCACUAAUCCAAGGAUUCCAUGUGGUUUCAACAUUACUGUUAUUGACAAGUUUAAUACUUUUGUCAGCAAUUGUGGUCAAAAUGGUGCGAAUUGUUCCUAGUCUUGAGUAUCGAUACCCCCCAGCAGUCACGUUGUGUCUAAUCGGAGUCACCAUGGUUCUGUUUAUAUCAAGUAUUUUUCAAAUCUCAGCUAUCGCAGUCUACAACAGCAAUGUGGGAGAUGUAAAGCGACUGGCCAGUGAACCCUACCUCUCCCAGGGCAUGGCGUUCACGCUCUCGGUGUUGUCAUCGGCGUUUUCCUUAUUGGCGGUUUCAGCCGUUUUGAUGGGUGCUCUUCUUACACGAAGUUCACAACCAGCGCUAACUGAACAAGAGUGGGAAUGACAGGAAAAGUUAAUUUAUUCUAUUUCAGUUUACACGUGGAUAUUUUUUAUAGAUCUAUAUCCUUUUGAUAUAGAUAUCAACUUACUAAAUAUGAGGCUGUGUUUUGAUGUCGUAGGCAGUGAUGUAUAUUAUAUUUGUCAUGCUAAAGACGACGAUUAACAAGAUUAUUUAUUUUCA